CCGAUAAUGAUAUCCGAUGCGGCGCCAGCCACGCUGAUCAUUGUGAUGGGCACAUCAGGCAGCGGCAAGUCGACCCUCGGGGCUUCCCUCUCCUCCGCGCUCGGCAUCCCCUUCAUUGAUGGGGAUGACCUCCAUCCGCCCGCCAACGUUGCCAAGAUGGCUUCAGGCCAUCCGCUCAACGACAAUGAUCGGGAGCCGUGGCUAAAGAGAAUUAGGGAGACCGCGAUAGAGACGUUGCUGGGCGAUGGUGCGUCCCCCUCGCAGCAUCGCCCACCCGCGAUGAUCAUUGCCUGCUCCUCCCUCAAGCGCUCUUAUCGCGACCUUCUUCGUGGGUCACAUUCCACUCUUUCCCCUACGUCUCCUCCUCUUCCAGCCUCAGGACUGCGCACUCUCCACCUCUACGUAGAUGUCAGCCCCACCGAGCUCCUCCGUCGAAUGCACGAACGCAAGGGCCACUUCAUGAAGGAGGAGAUGCUGAAAAGUCAGCUGGAGACGCUGGAAAAGCCGGUGGAGGGCAGCGAGGAAGGGGUGAUCGUGGUGCAGGAUGGAGGUAGGGAAGAGGUCGAGAGCCGAGCGGCGAUGCGGCUAAGGAAAGAGCUUGGCUUGGUGAAAUCGUAG